CACGCAUGCGCGCAGUACACGAUAGGCCUCAGCAGACCGACAGCAGGUUAAAAACGAGAAGGAAUUUAGCUCCUAGGAUCUCAAACACGGCACGCCAGUUUUGCUGUCUCUGUCCAGAUGUUUGAGAAGUGGAGCAAGGGAUCCAAUCGACCAUCCUUCCUGCUCAGACUGUGGGGAGGGAUUCACUUGGUCAUCUGACUGACUGGCACACCCGUCAUUUUACACAGGGGAAAGGCCGUUCACCUGCUCAGACAGUGGGAGUGGAUUCACUCGGUUAUAUCAAUUGAAGGUACAUCAGCAAGUUCACACUGGACAAGGCCAUUCACCUGAUCUGUGUGUGAGAAGGGAUUCAGUCGGUCAUCCCACCUGUGGACACACCAGGCAAUUCACACUGGGCAGAGGCUGGUCAUCUGCUGAAUUUGUGGGAAAGGAUUCACUCGGUCAUCUGACCUAAUGGCUCACCAGCGGGUUCACACUGGGGAGAAACCGUUCACCUGCUCAGACUGUGGGAAGAGUUUCACUAAUUCAUCCACCCUACGGAGCCAUCAGCGAGUUCACACUGGGGAGAAGCCAUUCACCUGCUCAGUCUGUGGGAAGGGAUUCACUCAGUCAUCCACCCUACGGAGCCAUCAGCGAGUUCACACUGGGGAGAAGCCAUUCACCUGCUCAGUCUGUGGGAAGAGAUUCACUCAGUCAUCCAACCUACAGAGUCAUCAGCGAAUUCACACUGGGGAGAAGCCGUUUACCUGCUCAGAAUGUGGGAAGAGAUUCGCUAAGUUAUCCAGCCUACAGAUUCAUCAGCGAGUUCACACUGGGGAGAAGCCGUUCACCUGCUCAGUCUGUGGGAAGGGAUUCACUAAUUCAUCUUCCCUACAGAGUCAUCAGCGAGUUCACACUGGGGAGAAGCCGUUCACCUGCUCAGAAUGUGGGAAGAGAUUCACUCAGUCAUUCCACCUACAGAGUCAUCAGCGAGUUCACACUGGGGAGAAACCAUUCACCUGCUUAGAAUGUGGGAAAGGAUUCAGUCAGUCAUCCAGACUACUGGCACACCAGUCAGUUCACAGUGGGGAGUGGCCGUUCACCUGCUCAGAAUGUGGGAAGGGAUUCACUUGCUCGUCUAAGCUAAUGGCUCACCAGCGAGUUCACACUGGAGAGAUGCUGUUCACUUGCUCAGUCUCUGAGAAGAGAUUCACUCAGUCAUACAACCUAGUGGCACAUCAGCAAGGUCACACUGGGGAGAAGCCGUUCACCUGCUCAGUCUGUGGGAAGAGAUUUACUCAGUCGUCCCUCCUGCAGAGUCAUCAGCGAGUUCACACUGGGGAGAGGCCGUUCACCUGCUCAAUCUGUGGGAAGAGAUUCACUCACCCAUCCACCCUACAGAAUCAUCAGCGAGUUCACACUGGGGAGAAGCCAUUCGCCUGCUUAGUCUGUGGGAAAAGAUUCACCCAAUCAUCCACCCUACAGAAUCAUCAGCGAGUUCACACUGGGGAGAGGCCGUUCACCUGCUCAGUCUGUGGGAAGAGAUUCACUCAGUCAUCCAACCUACAGAGUCAUCAGCGAGUUCACACUGGGGAGAAGCCGUUCACCAGCUCGGAAUGUGGGAAAGGAUUCACUCAGUCAUCCCACCUACUGGCACACCAGUCAGUUCACAAUGGGGAGAGGCCAUUCUGCUCAGAACAUGGGAAGGGAUUCACUUCAUCGUCUCAUCUGAAGGCACAUCAGCGAGUUCACACCGGAGAAAUGCCAUUCACCUGCCCAGACUGUGGAAAGGGAUUCACUCGGUCAUCUGACCUAAUGGCACACCAGCCAGUUCACACCGGGGAAUGGCCGUUCACCUGCUUGGACUGUGGGAAGGGAUUCACUUGGUCAUCUGAACUGAAGGUACAUCAGAGAAUUCACACUGGGGAGAGGCCAUUCACCUGCUCAGUCUGUGGCAAGGGAUUCACUCAGUCAUCUCAUCUAAUGGUACAUCAGCGAGUUCACACUGGGGAGAGGCCGUUCACCUGCUCAGAGUGUGGGAAAGGAUUCACUCAGUCAUCUCAUCUGAAGCUACAUGAGCGAGUUCACACCGCGGAAUGGCCGUUCACCUGCUCGGAUUGUGGGAAGGGAUUCACUCGGUCAUCUGAACUGAAUGUACAUCAGAGAGUUCACACUGGGGAGAGGCCGUUCACCUGCUCAGACUGUGGGAAGGGAUUCACUCAGUCAUCUCAUCUGAAGGUACAUCAGCGAGUUCACACUGGGGAGAGGCCGUUCACCUGCUCAGUCUGUGGGAAGGGAUUCACUUCGUCAUCGACAGUGAAGGUACAUCAGCGAGUUCACACUGGAGAGAGACCGUUCACCUGUUCAGAGUGUGGGAAGGGAUUCACUCAGUUAGGCCACCUACAAGUACACUGGUCAGUUCACAGUGGAGAGAGGCCUUUCACCUGCUCAGACUGUGGGAAGGGAUUCACUCAGAUAUCCACCCUAAUGACCCACCGGGAAGUUCACACCAGGAAGAGGCCAUUUACCUGCUCAGUCUGUGGGAAGGGAUUCACUUUGUCAAAUCAGUUACUGAGACACCAGUUCGUUCACACUGGACAGUGGCCGUUCACCUGCUCAGACUGUGGGAAGGGAUUCACUCAGUCAUCUGAACUGAAGGUACAUCAGCGAAUUCACACAGGGGAGAAGCCAUUCACCUGCUCAGAGUGUGGGAAAGGAUUCACUCGCUCAUCCCACCUACAAACACACCAGUCAUUUCACACAGGGGAGCGGCCGUUCACCUGCUCAGACUGUGGGAAAGGAUUCACUCAGUCAUCAGAGCUACAGAGACAUCAGCGAAUUCACACUGGGGAAAGACCAUUCACCUGCUCAGAGUGUGGGAAAGGAUUCACUCAGUCAUCCCACCUACAGAGACACCAGCAAGUUCACACUAGGAACCCCUCAGUUUCUGGGAAGAGGUCUCCAACUCUCAGUCAGGUGCUCGAUGCUUCCUUGUCAACAUCUCGUCUGCUCAGAUCAUUGGGAUGUCUCCCAUGGAGGGUCAUACUCAUUCCACUGGUUAAUGUUUUCUUCCAUAUUGAUGAUUCAUUUUUCUGAGUUAGCCUCUCAUUUAAGUUUCCUGGUCUGUAUUUCUUAUCAGAAUUUCAUAUACACACAUGAAGCAUUGAAUCCUGUUCAUUUUUGAUGAAAAUAUAUACUUAGUUUUAUCUGACUGUUGUGUGAUUUUUUUUUCAUGUGUGUUAUUCCUCUUUCUCCUUCUGUCCAAGGUAGUAUUAAUCUGAGGCUACGUCCACGCUAGACCGGACAAUUUUGAAAAUGACGGUUUUGAGUAAAAACGACAGGCAUCCACACCAGGCGUUUUUCAAAAUAUCUCUGUCCACACUAAGUUGGAUAUUUGGGCGAAUCUCCUCCUACUGGGCAUGCGCAGACACAUCUACAGAAAACAAGCGAAGAGGAAACGGUAUAAUAUUUACGUUUCCGUGGCGGCAUUGUGCUAUUUCCAUUGGUCAAAAACAAGAGAACCUACAACAAGUGAAAGAAAGUUUUCAAAAAUGUCUUCGAGGAAUACAAAGAAAAUCUCCACUGGAAAAAGCAGACAGACUUCUUCGUUUAGACAGACAAUGAAGUCGAGCUGUUUCGGCGAGUUACAAACGACUACAAAGUCAGCAAAGCAGUGGAGAACGUUGGAGGGAGAUGUUUAACUCCAAAGAAAGCUAUUAACGUAGAGAAUAAAGUAAACUACACACGCAUGAAUCCGUCCUCUACGCAAGAUCAACAAGAGAGUGGAAUCUUCUGCUGCCAGACCUGCGUAGUAGUUCUGACAUUAAUAUUUUUAAAGAUAGACUCAAUCAAAUCAAUUUAUGGGAUCUGGUCAAAAAAGCUCACUUUACGAUUUAACUCUCAGGCCGUUCACACCGACUGCGCGUUAUAACAGCCGUCUGGCAGUGCUUGCACAGUACCAAGCCGAAGCAAAAAAAACUUUGUUGUUGUGGUGUUGUCAUGACAGUGUUUUUAAAUAUCUCCGCUUACCCCGUCCACACUUCAAUGCGAAGCAAUCGUUUUCAAAUUUACACACUCUGGAGAGUGUUUUCAAAAAUCUCCACUUUCAGGGGAGGGAAACGCCAUUUCAGUGUGGACGGAGGGUCAAAACGAAGAGAAAAAGCUUUGUUUUCAAAAUUAUCCAGUGUAGUGUGGACGUAGCCUAAGUGGGUCUGAGCGUAAAUAGACUUUUCUAAAGUUGUCAUUUCAGUUCUUAUUUAUCUUUGCAAAUUUUACUUAU